AUGGUUUUUGCUUGGCUGUUGAAUUCACUUACAAGAGAGAUCAGAUCCAGUGUGAUUCACUCUAGAUCUGCACACGAUUUAUGGAAACAACUUGAGAAGAGAUAUGGACAAUCGAAUCUAGCACAGUUAUUUGAAUUGCAAAAACAAUUAGUAGAAACUGUGCAAGGAUCAAAUAACAUUGCAACCUAUUUCAAUAAUAUGAAGGCAAUUUGGGAUGAAAUUGAGCUACUUGAUGCUAGGGCUAUAUGCAGUUGUGCAGAGUGUAAAUGUGGUGCAUUGGAGAAAAAUAGUGCACUUGAAGAGAGACAGAAGCUAGUUCAAUUCCUAAUGGAACUGAAUGAAUCAUAUACUGCCUGUAGAGGAAACAUAAUGAUGAUGAAUCCUUCACCAGAUAUUGAUAGAGCUUACUUUCUUCUAUUACAAGAGGAAAUGCAGAGAAGAAACACAGCCAAUGGACUAAAAAACAAUCAGACUCAACAUCAGGAUUAUAAGAGGAGUACUUCUACCAAUCUCAUUUGCAGAUAUUGCAAGAAGCCAGGACAUACCAUUGAGAAGUGUUACAAGAUUCAUGGUUAUCCCCUCAAUUUUAAAAACAGCAGACCUAGACCUUUCAACAAUCAUGCACACAGCAAUGCAACCAGUACUCAGGAAGAUACUCAGUCACAGGCUAGUGAUGUCAGUAUAGGUAUUAAGCAGGAACAACUCAAUCAGCUAACGGAGUUACUACAACAGGUUAAAUUUGGACAGCAGGGACCUUCCAGUUCUGAAGCCAAUGCAACAGCUAAUUGUGCUGGGCCUUUCCUUGAAGAGGCCUCUAGCUCCUGA